AUGGCAGUGGAGAAGUGGCAUUACAAUGUGGUGUCGCUUCUCUCCGGAACGGAGAGGGACUUUCUCAUCCGUAACAAUGGCGAGAAGCCAUCAGCAGUCUUGACGGGAAAAAGUUUGGUCUUGUCGGACAUCUGUUACGAAAGAAUCGUCACUGAUGAUCUGAUCAAAGUAUACAAUCAGCUGUCCUCGGAGGGCCGCGAUUUCGAGAUUGUCUUCGUGUCAUGUGAUUCAUGCGUGGAGACCUUCAAUAGGUACUUCUCAGAUAUGCCAUGGUUGGCAGUCCCAUUUGCGGACUCCGACACACGCGAAAGGCUACAUGAUCAUUUCGGCAGUUUCGAGGAGUAUUAUCCCGCUCAGCUUGUCAUCUAUGAUGCCGCUAUUGGCAUGGUCGUUAACGAAGAAGGUCUCCGAGCUGUGGCAAAAUAUGGUGUAAACGGGUAUCCAUUUACUGUUAACAGGUUCUACGAGUUGGAGGCGGCUGCUAAGAAGGAACAGAGUCUUCGAAGUCCGUUGGUUUCGCCGUCCCGGGACUACUUGAUCUCCAAUGAUGGAUCCAAGGUUGCCGUGUCGGAUCUCGAAGGAAAGAUUGUGGCCUUUUACUUCUGGUUUAAUAUUCCUGAUAAAUACGACGGUCCCCAUAAGUUGACUCUGGUGCUGGCUGAAAUCUAUAGGAAGCUUAAGGAAGCCGGGGAGAGCUUCGAAGUUGUGCUGGUGCCAUUAGAUGAUAAUAAAUCAUCCUAUGAACAAGGCCUGGCAAGCAUGCCAUGGCUCGCGAUUCCUUUCGAAGACGAGGGUUGUGAGAAGCUUGUCCGCUACUUUGAGCUCUGGCCCUUCCAUUUACCAAUCGUGCUUGUGAUUGGUGCCGAUGGGAAGAUUAUGCUUAAAAAUUACGAUAGGCUCAUCUCCAAGUAUGGAGUUUUAGCAUGGGAAGCAUUCCCGUUCUCUAAGGAGCAACUGGAUUUAUUGCCAGAGAAGGCAAAGGCUGCACAAACACUGGAAUCUCUUCUUGUUGCUGGGGACCUCGAUUAUGUCAUUGGGAAAGAAGGCUUGAAGGUAAUGAAUUGA